AGAAACAGAAUGUUGUGUGGAUAUGUUGGAUUCCAACAGUUCCUGUCCAGUAACCAACCAGUGCAGUCCAGGUUGUUACAGGAGAUGGAAUGAGGAUGGUAGCAGCAGCUGCAUUAAAUGCAAAAAUGAAACUCUGCCUGUUUCAUCUGUUCCCAACCUGACUGAGUGCAAAAACACUGGUAGCAGAGGGCUGAAUUUCCAGAUGAACAUCAGCACUGUAACUCCUUUUGUACAGAACUUAGGAGGCCCAGAAGUUGCAGCUUCUCUCAUCUUAGGGACAUUUUUCAUCAGUUUAUUCCUGAUUCUCUCUGUUGCUUCUUUCUUCUACCUCAAACGUGCCAAUAAACUCCCGAAUAUUUUCUACAGAAGAAACAAAGCAUCUGUUCUCCAGCCUAGUGAAACAGCAUCCAUGAUACCUCCUCCAGCUUCUUCAGUGCGGAAGCCUCGAUACGUGCGCCGAGAACGGUCCCUGGUGACAUCCACCUCUGCUGCUAUCAUCUCCUCCUCUGAAACCAGGGUCAGCAAUGUUUAG